CCGAUUGAAGGCAUUGGGUAGCUGUCAGCACGGAUUGGUUUGCGGCGGACCAACCAAAUGACUAACCCGGCAAAGUGCACAAAAAUCGAAUGACGGUGGCACGUCUCGGGGCCUCUUUCCAAAUUCGCGGGACGUGAUCGUCUCGUGCCUUGGGAGAGCUAACUGCAUAGCCUGCCAGCUCAAACAAAGGGACGAACGGCGUGUUGGCUAAGGGGCUAUGGAGCAGUACACGGCUGCCACCACGGCUACUGGAGAGCAAAUCGUAGUGCAGGCUGCCAAUGGACAGAUCCAACAGCAGGCCCAGGGCACAGUGACGGCUGUGCAACUGCAAACGGAAGCACCUGUGGUGACGGCCUCAGGCCAGCAAGUGCAGACACUCCAGGUAGUGCAGGGGCAGCCUCUGAUGGUCCAAGUGAGUGGCGGGCAGCUCAUUACAUCAUCCGGACAGCCCAUCAUGGUGCAGGCCAUGUCGGGCGGACAGGGUCAGACCAUAAUGCAGGUUCCAGUGUCCGGAGCCCAGGGUCUACAACAGAUCCAACUGGUACAACCCGGUCAAAUCCAACUGCAAGGUGGUCAGACUCUGCAGCUCCAGGGUCAGCAGGGCCAGGCCCAGCAAAUUAUCAUCCAACAACCCCAGACAGCCAUCACCGCCGGACAAAACCAGGGUCAGCAGAUCAGUGUGCAGGGCCAGCAAGUGGCGCAGACAGCAGAUGGACAGACCAUUGUCUACCAGCCCGUCAAUGCAGAUGGAACUGUCCUCCAGCAGGGAAUGAUCACAAUUCCCGCUGCCAGCCUGGCAGGCGCCCAGAUCGUGCAGGCAGGGAACGCCAACACUAACACCACGAAUAGCCAAGGCACUGUGACCGUCACCCUGCCCGUCUCUGGCAACAUGGUCAAUGCAGGUGGAAUGGUCAUGGUAAGACCCAAUAUGGAGAUGGUACCAGGAGGCGGAGCAGUGCCCACAAUGCAGCGUAUCCCUCUGCCGGGCGCCGAGAUGCUGGAGGAGGAGCCCCUUUAUGUGAAUGCCAAGCAGUACCACCGCAUCCUGAAGCGACGGCAGGCCAGAGCCAAGCUGGAGGCAGAGGGCAAGAUUCCCAAAGAAAGGAGGAAAUACCUGCACGAGUCUCGCCAUCGUCACGCUAUGCAGCGUAAGCGAGGCGAUGGAGGCCGUUUCUUCUCACCCAAGGAAAAAGAAGAAAUGGCGUUGGCACUGGCACAGCAACAGCAGGAGGCGGCACAGGCAGCAGCCGAUGAGACGGUAGCACAGAUGAUCCGAGUGUCGUAGCAUGACACAGGUUGACUGUUUGAGUCUACUCACCACUCUGGGCUUCCGGCUAACAACAACUACAGCAGAAGCAGCCCCAUUGUAUGGAUUAUUCAUCCUUUUUUGCUUGAUAUUGAGGGGAAAAAUUAUGCCUCUGGCGAAACGCUUUGUACUGGACAUUAUUUUCCUCUUUGGACAAAAUUAUGGUUAGUUUCUUCUCCUUUUUUGUGACUUUCUCUCUUUUUCUUUCUUUUUUUUCUUUUUCUAAAGAAAUGCUUCCUCUGGCCAAACAGUGAGCAACUGCUAUUUAUUUCCCCAGUGACGAAAGUUAAUGGUAAACCAAGUCGGGCUCCUUUCUUGCUCUAUUCAAUACUGAUAAUUUUCAUAGCCAAAUACAUCUGAAUGGUACAGCUUUUUUUUCUUGCAUAUGUUAUAAUCCAUUUUACCCCCUGACCCCCAACCAAAACAAACAAACAAAAAUUCAAAACUCUUGUGAUAUUGUGUUUUAAUAUUUUCUUCUCCAGCAUUGUACCUAACUAGUUUGUCAGCUUUUUUUGGGAUAUAAAAUGUUAUGAUAUUUGUUUUUAGGGAAGGUGAUCUCUCUCCAGACAAUUGUUUGACUUGUAGAUUUUUACUCGUCAAAAGACAACUUUUUUUAAAAUAAGGGUUUAUCGCACCAAAUUUGCUGAGCGCCUAUGUUAAUUAAACUACAGUAGGUGACUUGUGUGGUUGUUGCUUGUAACGAUAUCUCGAUCUAGAGCAAUUAUGGAUUGGUUACGAAACUAAUAGAUUGAAAUGCAAAACAUCAACAUUGUCAUCUUUUCUAUGUGUUUUUUGUUUUGUUUUGUUAAAAAUAACAUGGUUUUCAGUCAAAUAUCUGAAAUGUUUCAGCAACAAAAGCGUAAAAAAAAAGUGUAAUUUUUAUUGCUCCAGGUAAAAUGUAACUACUGUAAUUUUCGGACUAUAAGGCACACUGACUAUAAGCCACCACCCACCAAAUUUGACACGAAAACUGCAUUUGUUCAUAAAUAAGAUGCACCGAACUAUAAGCCUCGGCUGUCCUCACUGUAUUAUGGGAUAUUUACACCAAAAUAUAUUAACCGGUAACUCUUUAUUUGACAGCAACGUCAUAAAACCGUCAUAAGUAUGACAUGUCAGUCUCAUGAGCAUUAAUGAAUGCUUAUGACAGAUGUCAUUUAGUGUCAUCAGACAAAUUAUCUCACUUUUGAAUAGAUGUAAAAGAUCCGAGAUGGAAAUAAAUGGAGUUGGUGACAAAAUUUGCCGCAUGACGCUUAAUGCCCAUGACAGUGGUGUGUCAUAAUUAUGACGGUCUAUGACAGUCCUAUGAAGCCACUGUUAAAUAAAGUUGCACCUAUUAACUCAAAUAAAUCAGCAAAUAAGCCGCACUGAACAGUAUAAGCCACAGGAUUCAAAAUGAGGGGAAAAAAGUAAUGGCUUAUUGUCCGAAAAUUACUGUAAUUGUGUUAUUGUGUGCAUAAUAUUGAAUUAAAUGAAUUGAAGGCCCUUGAAUUGAGUUGUGGCAGACUAUAAUAUUGGGAAAUAUCGCAUCGUGAUCCAAAGAAUUAUAUAGACAUAAUGUGGGGAAAAAAACAGAAAAUUACAUUGUUUGAUUUUUUUAAAGAAUUUAUUUCCAAAUUAGAGUGGAAAAUAAGUAUUUGGUCACCUACAAAUAAGCAAGAUUUCUGGCUAUCAAAGAGGUCUAACUUCUAACGAGGCUCCACUCGUUACCUGUAUUAAUGGCACCUGUUUUAACUCAUUAUCGGUAUAAAAGACACCUGUCCACAAGCUCAGUCAGUCACACUCCAUACUCCACUAUGGCCAAGACCAAAGAGCUGUCAAAGGACACCAGAGACCAAAUUGUAGACCUGCACCAGGCUGGGAAGACUGAAUUUGCAAUAGGUAAAACGCUUGGUGUAAGGAAAUCAACUGUGGGAGCAAUUAUUAGAAAAUGGAAGACGUACAAGACCACUGAUAAUCUCCCUCGAUCUGGGGCUCCAUGCAAGAUCUCACCCCGUGGCGUCAAAAUGAUAACAAGAACGGUGAGCAAAAAUCCCAGAACUACACGGGGGGACCUAGUGAAUGACCUACAGAGAGCUGGGACCACAGUAACAAAGGCUACUAUCAGUAAUAUAAUGCGCCGCCAGGGACUCAAAUCCUGCACUGCCAGACGUGUCUCCCUGCUGAAGAAAGUACACGUCCAGGCCCGUCUGCGGUUCGCUAGAGAGCAUUUGGAUGAUCCAGAGGAGGACUGGGAGAAUGUGUUAGGGUCAGAUGAAACCAAAAUAGAACUUUUUGGUAGAAACACAGGUUCUCGUGUUUGAAGGAGAAAGAAUACUGAAUUGCAUCCGAAGAACACCAAAGCCACUGUGAAACAUGGGGGUGGAAACAUCAUGCUUUGGGGCUGUUUUUCUGCAAAGGGACCAGGACGACUGAUCUAUGUAAAGGAAAGAAUGAAUGGGGCCAUGUAUCGAGAGAUUUUGAUUGAAAAUCCCCUUCCAUCAGCAAGGGCAUUGAAGAUGAGACGUGGCUGGGUCUUUCAGCAUGACAAUGAUCCCAAACACACAGCCAGGGCAACAAAGGAGUGGUUUCGUAAGAAGCAUUUCAAGGUCCUGGAGUGGCCUAGCCAGUCUCCAGAUCUCAACCCCAUAGAAAAUCUGUGCAGGGAGUUGAAAGUCCGUUUUGCCCAAUGACAGCCCCAAAACAUCACUGCUCUAGAGAUCUGCAUGGAGGAAUGGGCCAAAAUACCAGCAACAGUGUGUGAAAAGCUUGUGAAGAGUUACAGAAAACGCUUGGCCUCCGUUAUUGCCAACAAAGUGUACAUCAAAAAGUAUUGAGAUGAACUUUUGGUAUUGACCAAAUACUUAUUUUCCACCAUGAUUUACAAAUAAAUUCUUUAAAAAUCAAACAAUGUGAUUUUCUGUUUUUUUUUCUCCACUUUCUGUCUCUCAUGGUUGAGGUUUACCCAUGUUGACAAUUACAGGCCUCUCUAAUAUUUUCAAGUGGGAGAACUUGCACAAUUGGUUGUUGACUAAAUACUUAUUUGCCCCUCUGUAUAUAAUGUUUAUGUUGUGACUAUUCGACUCGUAGUUCAGUUGCCAUCGAUAGGUGCAUUCACAGUUACUGGUGGCCAAUUAUGUUAACUCAUUCACUGCCAUUGACAGAGAUAGACAUCAAAUCCAUUUUAAAUGCGAUGGCCGAUCCUGUUUGCCACUGACGGCAAUAGAUGGCCAUUCCAUUUAGACUGGGAGGCUUGGCAGUGAUCGUUCAAUCAGAUUGAGCGUCUUAUCGCCAUCAAUGGCAGCCAUUGUAAUUAAAUAACAUUUGAGCUAUUACAAACAAUAGGACGGUUGUUGUGUCUUUAGUUUGAGCAUUGAAAUACAGCGGUAAUAUACCAAAGUCAUGUGUCAACAUAAAAACUGUCUUCAAGGCAACCCUUGUUCAUCGACCACCAUCAACGGCAGCCAAUGAGUUAAAUCAGUUAUGGAACUUGCUGAAUGGGAUGGAUGAAUGAAAACACUAAACUAGAAAAUGCAAUUGAUUGGGGAUGCUCUACUCGCUCU